CCCUUUAGUUACGUAAAUGGUACCUAGGUGUCAAUGUGGGCACCCCUCGAUGGACACCCUGAUCUGCCUUGAUGGCCAACAAAGUAGACAGUACGUGGUCAGAGGGAGCUUCCUAAAAUGGUUAUUGUGAUCAUCUAUUGAGAGCUAUAUUAUAUAUCUUGUAUACCUGACUGUUCGUUGGACUCAAUUCAUCUAAUCAUCCUUGUUAUUAUUCUCCAUUCCCGUUCACGAUGACGAUUAUGGCUACCAAAUUCACCCCGGAGGUGCUCCUCUCCGCGCCACGCCGCAGUGCAGCCUUACCCAAUUCCACCGGUACCCUUGCUUUAUUCACCGUAUCACAAUACUCUUUCGAGUCACACUCUAGGAACUAUGCUAUUAAGGUCUUGGAUAUCAAGACUCAGCAAUCAACCCCGUUGUUCGAUGAUUCGGCUUAUUCCGAGCCCACCUGGAUUUCAGAAAAUGAGUUUCUGGUGUUGAAGGGUGGUGAAUCUACUACAACUCUGCUGAUAGCUGAUGCAACCAAGCCUCGUUCGGAUCCGUAUGAGAUAACUACCGUCAACACCUCAGUAUCCAAUGUCAAAGCCAAAGACAUUGGUAACGGUACCAUAGCCUUCGCCUUUACGGCCCCCACUACAUCUUCCGGAGAGCUGUUAGAUCAGACAGAUGAGACCAAGCCUCAAUCCUCUGCCAAGGUCUACACCAAACUAUUUGUGCGCCACUGGGAUUCGUAUGUAUCCAAGAACAAGCAAGGCCUCUUCUACGGCGCACUGAAGAAGGAGGGUGGGUCGUUCAAGCUGCAAGGCCAGGGUCUAGUGAAUGCACUAGCAGGCACGAAGUUGGAGUGUCCGGUGCCACCUUUCGGAGACGCGAACGACUAUGAUAUCGGAAAAGAAGGGAUAGUCUUCGUGUCGAAGGACCCAGAGCUAAACCCUGCUCUGUGGACUAAGACAGACCUAUACUAUGUACCUCUGAAGACCUUUACGGAAGCUAAAGCGCCGUUCCCGCAGAUCGUCAAGACGGGUGAGCUACAGGGCUACGCCGGUGUCCCCGUAUUCUCGCACGACGGAACUAAAGUGGUGUUCAAGCGCAUGCGACACAAACAGUACGAAUCGGACAAGUGGCGACUUCUGUUAAUUCCCGACAUCAAGGACCUAAGCAACGUGCAGGAAUUCUACAAGACGGACGAUGGUGAGGGUGGCUGGGACUUACGGCCUGAGGGCAUCGUGUGGAGUAACGACGACUCUGAAUUGUACGUUACAGCCGAGAAGAAUGGUCGACAGAUCCUAUUCAAGCUCCCCUCAAGUCCCUUGAAGGCCACGGAGCUACCACAACCGUUGACGACAGAUGGCACGGUGGGCGACUUCCACACCCUAUCCAAAGACGACGACCGUCUCUUCCUCACAUCUACUUCCCUUAUAGAUAACUCCUCGUACUCGAUACUCAACCCCCGCUCGAAGGAACGAGGUCUCAUAUCCUCUAGCUCUAAGGAGGGCAAGUCGUUCGGCCUGAGUAGCCGCCAGGUAGACGAGUUCUGGUACAAGGGAGCAGGCGACUAUCAAGUCCACGCCUUGGUGAUGAAGCCAUCCAACUUCGACCCUAAUAAGAAGUACCCCUUGGCAUUCCUAAUCCACGGCGGACCGCAGGGAGCUUGGGGACAGAGCUGGAGCACGAGAUGGAAUCCGGCCGUGUUUGCUGAACAGGGCUACGUUGCUGUGAUGCCAAACCCGACUGGAAGCACUGGAUACGGACAGGCUUUUACUGAUGGGAUUGCUAAUGAAUGGGGUGGACGCCCUUAUAACGACUUGGUGAACGCCUUCGAGUACAUCGAAGACAAUAUCCCCUACAUCGACACGACCAACGCUGUGGCUCUUGGUGCCUCGUAUGGUGGCUAUAUGAUCAACUGGGUCCAAGGCCACCCCCUCGGCCGGAAAUUCAAGGCCCUCGUCUGCCACGACGGCAUCUUCAGCACCAUGAGCAACUGGUCGACCGAGGAGCUCUUCUUCCCCGUCCACGAGAUGGGCGGUACCCUGUGGGAGAACCACGAGGGGUACGCGCGCUGGGACCCCGCUGCUUCCGUCGGCGAGUGGGCCACGCCUCAGCUCAUUAUACACAGCGAGCUCGAUUACCGCUUACCUAUUUCAGAAGGAUUGGCUGCGUUCAACGCACUUCAAACACGCGGUGUUCCGAGCCGGUUCCUGAUGUUCCCCGACGAAAACCACUGGGUGUUGAAGCCUGAGAAUUCCCUGGUCUGGCAUAAAGAGGUAUUAGGUUGGAUCAACAAGUAUACCGGCCUAGAUACCACGGGACUAUCGAACGAUACGGAGAACCUCGGGUUGAAAUGAACGGCAUAUAUUCGGAGUUUGAUGAAAUUAAGAAC